AUGGUGGACCAACCGCCUAACGCCUCCGUUGACGACGGAGGAGAAAGCAUUUUCAAAAUCCGCAUUGAGAUGAUGCAUAAAAAGCUGAGAGAGCCACCGAGGUUGCUCAGCUCGGCCGCCGGAAAACCAACUUGCUCGAUCUUCCGAGUACCUCAGAGCAUGAUCGACUGCAACGGCAGAUGCUACGAGCCGCGAGUGGUCUCCAUAGGACCGUACCACCGAGGCCUAACGCACCUCCGAAUGUUCGAAGAACACAAAUGGCAUUACCUAAACGCUCUUCUCACUCGAACCCACCAAACCAAAAACCUAACCCUAGAGGACUACAUGAAGAGCGUGAAGAUCCUUGAGGAAGAAGCAAGAGAGUGUUACUCCGAGUCAAUCGACAUGGACUCGGACGAGUUCAACGAGAUGAUGGUGCUCGACGGCUGUUUCCUUCUUGAGCUGUUUCGUAAAGUCAGCAGACUUGUUCCUUUCGAACCGGAAGAUCCACUCGUGACCAUGGCUUGGGUCCUUCCUUUCUUCUACAGAGACUUUCUCCGUCUUGAGAAUCAGAUCCCUUUCUUCGUUCUUGAAGCUUUGUUCGAUCUCACAAGAGGAGAUACCGAAAAAGAGACCAACGCUUCUCUACCGUCUCUGGCUUUUGUGUUCUUCAACAACACCAUGCACAGAAGAAGCCAAGAUCUUGCAAGAUUUAAAGAUUUACGAGCCAAACACCUCCUAGACCUCGUCCGUUCAAGCCUCAUCCCUGCGAGUGAUCUUCACGCUCCGCCAGUAACGAACCCGGGGAAGAAGAAGACUCCGUCGAACAUCAUCCACAGCAUCUCGAAGCUCCGGCGAUCCGGGAUCAAGAUCCGAGAGCUAAAAGACGCUGAGAGCUUCCUUGUCGUGAGAUUCAGACACGGAGCGAUCGAGAUGCCGAUGAUCACCGUCGACGACUUCAUGUGCGGUCUCUUGCAGAACUGCGUGGCGUACGAGCAGUGCCACGCGUCGUGCUCAAAGCAUUUCACGACGUACGCGACGCUGCUGGACUGUCUGAUGAACACUUACAAGGACGUCGAGUAUCUGUGCGACCACGACAUCAUAGAGAACUAUUUGGGAACAGAAGCAGAAGUCGCUGGGUUCGUCAACAGUCUAGGCAAAGACGUUGCGUUCGACGUAGCGCAGUGUUAUCUCAACGACUUGUUUAAAGAAGUGAAUGAGUAUUACAAGAGUAGUUGGCACGAGGAUUGGGCUACUUUCAAGUACACUUAUUUUAGUUCUCCUUGGUCUUUUAUCUCUGCUCUUGCUGCUUUUAUUCUUUUGGUCUUGUCUAUUAUCCAGACUGUUUACACUGUUCUCCAGGCUUAUGAUCACAAGUAA